AUGUCACGCUCUCUGCCAAAGAAGAACAACCCGCUGAUCCUCACCGACGCGGCUCCGCCCUAUGAGGAUCUCCUUGCGCGCCGCCGUCUUGGCAAGACCAAUCUUUCCGUCAAGCCCGGCCAAAUCGGCACCUCCAAUGCGACUAAGCCAGAGAACUUGGGCCUGUUCGAGUAUGCCCACCUGCGGGCACCUUUGCCCCGGGACCUGAAGGGUUCCGAGAUCUUCCCAUCGCACACCCCCGCACAGCACCCAGAGACUUACUUUUUGAUGCGGAGGAGUAAGGAUGGCUUUGUGAGCGCUACCGGGAUGUUCAAGAUUGCAUUUCCCUGGGCCAAGACUGAGGAGGAAAAGAUUGAGAGGGAGUAUCUGAAGUCACGAGAGCACACGAGCCAGGAGGAAGUCGCUGGUAAUGUUUGGAUCUCUCCGCAAUUUGCACUUGAGCUUUCCAGAGAAUACAAGAUGUAUGACUGGGUCCGUGCCUUGUUGGAUCCCACCGAUAUCGUGCAGAGCCCCACGAGUGCGAAGAAGCAGAUCACCCCGCCACCGAAGUUCGACCUGCCCAUGGACGAGCCAACGGCGUCACGCCGCAGCCGCCGGUCGGUCUCGCCGAGCAAGAAGUCUACUACUUCGCCUCGCAAGUCCCGGACAGCCCGCUCUGCCAAGGACGUUAUGAGCACGCCCUCUACCGCUGCUGCCAACAGCAACCUUCAAGAGGCUCUUGAGAUCACCGCUUCCAUGGGGUCUUUAGAGAAGAGCCCUGUUCCUGAGACCGAAUUGAAGGCGAACGGAUCGCCGGAGAAGAAGAAGGGACGGAAGUCCAAGAAGACCGCUGCUGAGGCCGAGGAGGAAAAGAAGGAGGACGAGGAGAAGAAGGAAGAGAAGAAGGAGAAGAGGAAGAGCGAGAAGAAAAAGCAGGACACCAAGGAAGAGAUUGAGAUUGAAGUCACCGCGGCUGCCGAGGCUACAGAUAACACCAAGACGACCACCGUCUCUCUCGAUAUGCCUAUCACUCUUCCAGAAGUGCCUUCGGCCGCUGAAACCGAGGAAAUGAUCGCCAAGGCCAAGGAAAUGGUGGAAGAUGCCAUCAAGAGCCAGGCCGAUGGCACCGCAGCAGGAUCAUCAUCUGUCAAAGUGACCAAGAAACGCAAGCCCGUGGAGGAAGAUGAUGAGGAGACCGCAGCUGAGGCUGCUCAGCGGGCCAAGAAGGCCAAGGUGCUUGAGGAAAAGCUCAAGCGCGAGCGUGUGCGCAACCGUGCUCUCUUCGGCGUUUCAGCAGCUUUUGCUCUUGCUGCUUCCAUCCCUUAUUUCUUCUAA